GCGUGCGGCCCGACCGGCUGCUCGGUCGCCGGUGCCUGCACACAGCGCGGGGUUGGUCCUUCUCAGCCCGGGCCGUUCCGUGACCCUCCGAUUCCCUCCGACAUCCCGGUGCCGUGACGCUUCACACGUAACGACCCCGUGAAUCUCACGGCGAAAACCACGAAGUGAUGCCGGGAGAAGGAGCGGAGCCGCGGGACGGGGCACGUGGAGCUGCUGUGUCAGUGUGGAAGGCUUCAUUUUAACGCAGCGUGUCCGAACGGGGUCAUUAGUAACUGCGGCUGCGUGGGCGUUUCAUCUGAAGUGAUUCAGCGUUGACGUGGUGCAGGCUGCGAUAAGAGCGCGGCUUUCACCUUUUGUGCGCUGUGAGCUUUAAUGCAAAUAGUGCCCCUGACAAUGGGAGCAGCCGCUGGGGCAGGGAUCCUCUGCAGCCGUGGGUUUGGUAUGGAGGCUGAUAGUUAUGGAGGCUGAUAGUUAUGGAGGCUGAUAGUUAUGGAGGCUGAUAGUUAUGGAGGCUGAUAGUUAUGGAGGCUGAUAGUUAUGGAGGCUGAUUGCUAUGGAGGCUGAUCGUUAUGGAGGCUGAUAGUUAUGGAGGCUGAGCGGGGCGGUGCUGGUUUCGUGGGGGGUUUUUUCAGUCCCUGUAGCAGCUGUUGGUGGUUCAGUGCCAGUUCCAGUGGCAGCAUCUCCCAGUGCUCGCCCUGUGCUUUGGUUGUGCUCCCUUUCAUCAGAGCAGCCCGUCUGUUCCCCCAGGAGCCCUGCAGGGAUGAUGCUGAUGUGGCUGAUGUGGCCUUUGGCUGCGGUGGGUGCUGGGUUUUCGCUGUGUUUCCACGUGGCACCGGCUCCAGGAAUAACCGUGGAGCAAAGCAAAGAUUAUCAUCUUUUUUUUUCCCUCUAGGCUGGAAUCAGGAACUCGUUGCGUUCUUAGUUCUUAGGGCAAAGGUUUUCCUGCUGCUCGGUCCAUUUUGUCCAGGAGGGAGGAGAGAGCAAACGAUUGGAGAAAGCGCUCCUCCUCCUCCUCCUCUUUGCUUCGUUAAAUUCUCAGCCCCGGAGCUGACAGUGCUUGGGUACAGCUGCACCGUGCAGGGCCAAGGGGUGGGCAGCGCUGCCGGGGAUCUCCUGCCCGUGUGUGCAGCGGUGGGUGGCACAGUGAGCGCCUGCACAGCGGGGUGCUGCGCUGCCGCUGGCUCAGGCUGUGGAUCCCGGCAGUCUUCUUGAGCUAAAAGGAUGAGAAUUGGCUAUUGGAAGGUCACCAUCACUCUGCUGAGCUUCAUCCCAACUUCUGGGUCCCGGCUGAUGUCUCUGGGUGCACAAGGCUGCGAGCGUGUCCCCCCCCACACUGCGUGAUUCAGACGGCGCUUGGAGCAUGCAUCACUAGCGGGAUGGUCGGCCACCGGUGCUGCCAUGUCGUCCCUGACGACCUCCACUGAGGGAGAGAAUCCCAUUCCCCGCUUUGUGGUCGGUUCCCGGGAUGAUGAGACAGACUUCCUGGGAUCAAACAUGAAGAUGGAUGAAACGGAUUUCUUUGAAGAUGACGAGGAGGAGGAGUCGCCGCCUGAACGGCAGAUUGUUGUUGGAAUCUGUGCCAUGACCAAAAAGUCCAAAUCAAAGCCCAUGACGCAGAUUCUGGAGCGUCUGUGCAAGUUUGAGUACAUCACAGUGGUGAUUAUGGGGGAGGACGUUAUUCUGAAUGAACCGGUGGAGAACUGGCCUCCUUGUGACUGCCUCAUCUCCUUCCACUCCAAAGGAUUCCCUCUGGAUAAAGCAGUUGCCUAUGCCAAGCUGUGCAAGCCGUUCUUGAUUAAUGACCUUGAUAUGCAGUAUUUUAUUCAGGACAGGCGUGAAGUGUAUCGGAUCCUUCAAGAAGAAGGAAUAGACCUGCCCCGCUAUGCUGUGCUCAAUCGAGACCCCGAUAGACCAGAAGAGUGCAACUUGGUGGAAGGAGAGGACCACGUGGAAGUAAACGGAGCUGUUUUCCCAAAGCCAUUCGUAGAGAAGCCUGUCAGUGCCGAAGACCAUAAUGUGUACAUUUACUACCCAACCUCAGCAGGUGGGGGCAGCCAGAGGCUCUUUCGGAAGAUCGGCAGCCGGAGCAGCGUGUACUCCCCAGAGAGCAGUGUGAGGAAGACAGGCUCAUACAUUUAUGAGGAGUUCAUGCCUACGGAUGGCACUGAUGUAAAGGUGUACACUGUUGGGCCUGACUAUGCCCAUGCAGAGGCUCGCAAAUCCCCUGCACUGGAUGGGAAGGUGGAACGGGACAGCGAAGGGAAGGAAAUCCGUUAUCCUGUCAUGCUGACUGCCAUGGAGAAACUGGUCGCUCGGAAAGUCUGUGUCGCCUUUAAGCAAACUGUGUGUGGGUUUGACCUCCUGCGGGCAAAUGGCCACUCAUUUGUUUGUGAUGUGAAUGGCUUCAGUUUUGUGAAGAACUCCAUGAAGUAUUAUGAUGACUGUGCCAAAAUCCUUGGAAACAUAAUUAUGCGGGAAUUGGCUCCUCAGUUCCAUAUUCCCUGGUCCAUCCCAACAGAGGCAGAAGAUAUUCCCAUCGUCCCCACGACUUCUGGCACCAUGAUGGAGCUUCGCUGUGUUAUUGCAGUCAUCCGGCACGGAGAUCGUACCCCAAAGCAGAAGAUGAAGAUGGAAGUUAAGCACCCCCGGUUCUUUGAAUUAUUUGAGAAAUAUGAUGGCUACAAGACAGGGAAGUUGAAACUGAAGAAGCCAGAGCAGCUACAGGAAGUGCUGGACAUCGCGCGGCAGCUUGUGGUGGAACUGGGAACCCACAGUGACUGUGAGAUCGAGGAGAGGAAAUCCAAACUGGAGCAGCUGAAGAGUGUCUUGGAGAUGUACGGACAUUUUUCUGGCAUUAACCGUAAGGUGCAGUUGACAUAUCUGCCUCAUGGACAUCCAAAAGCUGCAAGUGAAGAUGAAGAAGCUCGCAGAGAACCUUCCCCAUCUCUUCUCCUGGUGCUGAAAUGGGGUGGAGAGCUGACACCAGCAGGAAGAGUCCAGGCAGAAGAGCUAGGGAGAGCCUUUCGCUGCAUGUAUCCUGGUGGCCAAGGUGAUUAUGCUGGUUUCCCUGGAUGUGGCCUGCUCAGACUGCACAGCACAUACCGCCAUGAUCUCAAGAUCUACGCCUCAGAUGAGGGACGAGUUCAGAUGACAGCAGCAGCUUUUGCAAAGGGGUUGCUGGCCCUGGAAGGAGAGCUGACCCCCAUCCUGGUGCAGAUGGUGAAAAGUGCCAAUAUGAAUGGUCUACUGGACAGUGACAGUGAUUCUCUAAGCAGCUGUCAACACAGAGUGAAAGCACGACUACAUGAAAUCAUGCAGAAGGAUGCUGAGUUCUGUGAAGAGGAUUAUGAAAAGCUAGCACCUACAGGUAGUGCUUCUUUGCUCAACUCUAUGACCUUCAUCCAGAACCCUGUGGAGAUCUGUAACCAGGUGUUCACCCUGAUUGAGAACCUCACCUCCCAGAUACGAAAACGAUUGGAAGACCCAAAAUCUGCAGACCUGCAGCUCUACCACAGUGAGACUUUAGAACUGAUGCUGCAACGCUGGAGUAAGCUGGAAAGAGAUUUUCGCAUGAAAAAUGGGCGUUACGACAUCAGCAAGAUCCCUGAUAUUUAUGACUGCAUCAAGUAUGACGUGCAGCACAACUGUACGCUGAAGCUGGAAGGCACAGCUGAGCUCUUCCGACUGUCCAAAGCCCUGGCAGAUGUGAUCAUACCACAGGAGUAUGGAAUUAAUAAGGAGGAGAAACUGGAGAUUGCUAUUGGCUUUUGUCUUCCUCUAAUUAAAAAAAUCCAGUUGGACCUACAGAGAACCCAUGAAGAUGAGUCUGUCAACAAACUACAUCCCCUGUACUCAAGAGGAGUGUUGUCACCAGGCCGCCAUGUUCGGACACGGCUCUACUUCACCAGUGAGAGCCACGUACACUCUCUGCUCAGCAUCUUCCGCUAUGGGGGGCUCCUGGAUGAGAACAAAGACCAGCAGUGGAAGAGAGCCAUGGACUAUUUGAGUGCUAUCUCAGAGCUGAACUACAUGACCCAGAUUGUUAUCAUGCUCUACGAGGACAACAACAAGGACCCAUCUUCAGAAGAGCGCUUCCACGUGGAGCUGCAUUUCAGCCCUGGUGUGAAGGGUUGUGAGGAGGACAGAAAUGUUCCCACAGGGUUUGGCUUUCGACCUGCCUCGGCAGAGAGCGAGGACAAGAAGGCAGACCAAGGCAGCCUGGAGGACCUCUCCAAAGAGAAGGGCAUGGAUGAGCCCGAUCGUGCCCAGCAAAGAUCUCCGCAGCCCUCUGAGCCCGUUGGCAUUCAGCGGAGAUCACCACUGAUCAGGAACCGGAAGACGGGAUCAAUGGAGGUGCUUUCUGAAUCUUCUUCCAAAGGUUAUCGCCUCUUCAGCACUUACUCCAGGCAAGCUUCUGAGAUGAAGCAAAGUGGCUUAGGGUCACAAUGCACCGGGCUGUUUAGCACCACUGUGCUGGGAGGCUCCUCCAGUGCCCCCAACCUUCAGGACUACGCACGCAGCCAUGGCAAAAAGUUUGCCAGCAGCCUGACAUACAAAGACGAGCUCUUGUCUAUGCCAGCCGUAAAACGAUUUUCUGUGUCGUUUGCAAAGCAUCCGACUAAUGGUUUUGAAGGCUGUUCCAUGGUUCCCACCAUUUAUCCCCUGGAGACCCUGCACAACUCCCUCUCUUUGCGGCAGGUCAAUGAGUUCCUGACGGCUGUGUGCAGGAGUUGCAGUGAAUCACAUGUUCAGUCUACUGCAGCUUUGUUUGAUUCAAUGAUUGGCAGCCAGAUACCAGGGGAUCCCUUUAUGUCUCAGCGAAUUCUGUCAUCAUCCUCUUUCCCAUUGCGCCAGCGGUCGGAUAAGCCCCCUUGGUACAGCAGUGGCCCUUCCAGUACUGUCUCCAGCGCAGGCCCGUCCUCUCCGACCUCUUUGGACAGCUGCACUCGUUUCAACUUCGCUGAGAAACUUUCCGUCAGUCCCCCCAAAAACGAGGAGCUGCUGAGUAGCCAGUCCCCUGAACAAGGAGAGAGGCAGCCUGAUAGUGGAGGGCUUGGUGGCAAAGUGGGCAUGUCUGAGUUGACAGUGACAGAGCCCAGUGCCCCAGAGACACUGGCUUGCAGUAAGGAGAACCCUAACCCAGAGGAUAAAAGUAUGGUGGAGCUGGAAGAAGAUUCAGCUGAGGAAAUGUCAGAUCCAAUUAACAUAGGGAAACCAAAGAGUGGUGCAGAGUCUGAGAUGAGGCCAGCUGGGGAGACAGUGAAGCCAGCUGAGGAGGAUUUAGGGGUAAUUACCGGCCUGGAUCAAUUGGGGCUGGCCAAGAACAUCUUGCUGCCCUGUGAAGAGGAGCUUCUGGGAGAGGCGUUAGACCCAGAGCAUGUGGGUGAGGAACCAUUUGUGGGGCACAGUGCUCUGUCAGACCAGCUUCUGUCUGGUCAACUGUGCUGGAAGCAACCACUGCCUCUUGAGACAAGUAUGGAGGAGCUGCAGGAGGAUCAGCAGAACUAGCAGCUCACUGGACAGCACACUACAAGCACUUCUAGCCUGGAGGCAGCCAACUUCCUGCACAGCACUUCAUGCAGAUGGUUGUUCAUGGAACAAGCCAUGUCCCAACUUCAUAGGACUCCAAGUUGUGGAAGUUUCUGCUCUGCUCCUACGUAACUCUUUGCCAUCCAGCAAGAGACAGUACUCUGCCUACCAUGUUAAACAAACAGCAAAUGCACCUCCAUCGAGCAGGGAUGUGGCAUUGUUUUGGUUCAGCAUCUCCCCAGGACUGUAUGCUCACUGGGACAGCAGAGGAUUGGUAGAGCUGAGGUUUUUGGAGUGGUGAGUCCAGAGGGACAAAUGCUCCCUGGUGAUUAGUAGGCCCAUAGGCUUCAGGGAAGGCAUUCUGGGUUCAAAGUGAUCGGGUUCUUCACAACCAUCAGUCUCCUCUCUGUUCCUUCCUUCUCCUCUUGAUCCCCACUGCUGGCUGCCAAAACUGAUCCAGAGCAGCAGUAGUGGGAAGAAUAGGAAAAGGAGAAAGCAUUCUGUGUGAGUUUGAGAAGUGGAGUAGUGAGAAGAACAGGUUCAAGGCCAUUUCUUGCAAGAAAACCUCUCUCUGGAGUGGACUUGAAUGUUUCCUGCUGGGCUGGCUGGAGCCAGGGAUCCAGCCAGAGAAAGGUGUGCAGGGAGGAUCUCACGGGUUUUUCUUGUUCCCAAGAGUCAUGUGAGGUAAAGCUUUGAACUCUUGGUGACAGAAAUUAAGAUAAACUGCUAUUUGAGCAAAUCGGGAUUAUUAGAAACCAAUAAGGAGAAAAACUUUAUUCUAUAUAAAAUGAGAUAUAUUUAAUACUUAUUUAUGUAAAUGAGUUGUGAGCACAAGCCUGAGGGCAACGUUGACACAGGUGCCCCUGCCACAUCCAAAGUGCAGGGCAGGGCUGUGCCUCUUGCGCCUCCUGUAUUCAUGGACAAGUCUGUGUGUUUGUCUGUAGCCAUGAUAUACGUUUUUGUGAAGCUCUGCCCAAAGAUCUCUGUGCUGUGUUGUGAUGUGUGUUCACAGUAAAUCUCUGCUGUGGGUCUGG